AUGGAUAUUGAAACAGGAAAUCUCGAUAUUUUGGAAUGUUCUUACCGUCUGUUUAAUCCACCUUUCGACAAGGGAAGCGACUUUGGUUUGAGCGCUGAUGGCGGCGCUGCAGGACCCUUCGUGCUGGGAGCGGGAGCCAGUGAAACUGGUGAGGAUUGUCUUCUAAGAGGAAGUUGGAAGGGAUUAAUUCGGAAAGAUGAUAUGGGACGUCCAUUCCGCAGACGUCGUCGCGAGAAUCCGCAAGAUUGUAGGCGAGUUGAGAGGUUUGUUAGGGAGCAUUGUCUGCAAACACAGAGAAUUCCAAACUCAUCAAGAAAAAUGGAUUAUCGAUUUCAUGGGAAGAGGUGAUU